AUGAACCCCCACGUGGCCUCCUCUGACCCUCCUGAUGGAGGCUGGGGCUGGAUGAUCGCCUUGGCAGCUUUCCUGCAGACGGCCCUGGUCUUCGGGGUGGUCCGAUCUUUCGGCGUCUUCUUUGUGGAAUUUGUGGUUCAUUUCGGGGAGCCCUCUACUGCCGUCUCCUGGAUCUCCUCUGUCACGGUGGCCGUCUUGAUGUUCACCAGUCCCUUGGCCAGUGCCCUCGGCACGCAGUAUGGUGAGCGGCCCGUGGGCAUCGUCGGUGGGUUCCUGUCGGGUCUGGGGCUCUUCUUGGCCUCCUUCGCCACCAGCCUGGCUCAGCUCUACCUCUUCAUUGGCCUCCUCACAGGUGUUGGUGGUGCCCUCAUCUUCUCCCCUUCCUUGGCCCUGGUAGCUCGGUACUUCAAGCGGCGGCGCGCCCUGGCCAACGCCUUGGUGUUCUCCGGCACUGGCAUUUCCGCCUUGGCCUUCUCCCCCCUCUUCCAGUUCCUGGUGGAUUCCUACGGCUGGCGCGGGGCUCUCCUGAUUGUGUCCGGCAUGGCCUUCCACCUGGUGGUGUGCGGCGCCCUCCUUCGACCGCUGCCCUUGGCCCCAAACGAUGCUUCGGGGGCUCCCGGACAGGAGAGCCGGUGGGGCAGGUUGGCAUCUCUCUUCGGGCUGCGUCUGCUCCGCCACCGAGCUUUCAUGACCUUCUGCGGGUCCGGAGUUCUGAUCACAGCGGGUUACUUCAUGCCUUUCAUUCACCUGGUGCCCCACGCCAGGGAGACGGGCUUCGACGAAUACCAAGCGGCCUUCCUGGUCUCCGUGGUGGGCAUCGCCGAUAUAGCUGGGCGCAUCGUAGCCGGCUGGCUGGCCGACUGCGGUCCUCUUCGUCUCGUCCACCACCUCACCCUCUGGACCCUCCUGACGGGCGUCACCCUCCUCCUGGUGCCCCUGGGACGCAAUUACACCUCGAUGGUGGCCGUCAGCAUCGGCUACGGGUUCCUGGCGAGCGCUAUCAUCCCGCUGAAGUUCUCCACCCUGGUGGAAAUCGUGGGCCCAGACCAAAUAAUGGGAGCCAUUGGGCUCAUUCACCUGAUGGAAAGCUUUGGAGCUUUGGCCGGGCCUCCGUUGUCAGGCUGGAUCCGGGACGCGACCGGCAGCUACGUGGCUUCGUUCCAGGCGGCUGGCUCCAUCCUCAUUGUGGGUGCCUUGGUGCUUGUGGCCCUGCCCAACCACCUCCGCUGCCUCCCCGCAGCAUCCCCCCAAGACCCCGAAGACGGCAAAGAGGAGCACGACCCCUGCCCCACCGAAGACGGAGGCUUCCGGACUGAGGGGAGCUGA